AAAAUCAAGUGUUUUUGAAUAUCAACUGAGAACAGAAAAAAUAUUAGCUGUUAAGAUUUAUCUCAAAGUAGUUUUUUACAAUCUCGUUCAAACCCCCAUUACCACCGUACUCAUGGGUACAUUUAAUCUACUUUGACAACAGAUAGCAAAGCUGCACUUAAACACUAAGGAUCAGGAGUGCUGUUACAACACCCUGUAUAAUAUCCCCCUGAAAUGUCAGUCCUGUCUUUAACAUUUUUAAGCUUGCAUUGCUUCUCUUGUCUUUCCAAUAACAUUCCUGGCUUACGUGGUGCUAGCAAUUUUCUGGGAUGCUGCAUUAUCCCAGUGCAGUGGCAGAUAUAAUAGAUGGAAGUGAAAAAAAAAAAAAAACAGGAAAAUGUUUUCCAACCUGGGAAGAGCUUCCUGACCUUGAAUGUUCAUCAGUAUGUAAUUCUUCCCUUAUGAUUGUGUUGGCCUUCUAAGACAGUGACUGAAAGGGAUUUUUUUCCCUGCCUGGCUACCUACACACAGAUAUCCCCCCAUGGGAUUGUGUUUGAUGUGAAAAUGGCAGACUGCGCAGGUGUAUGCUGGGCUGAAUUAAUUUGCCUUGUAGCUGAUGGUGCAAGUUGAUGUGUUCUGGGUAUUCGGGAGAUUUGAAUUAAUUCAUUCCUUUCUAGGAUGUGUAGUUUUGUUAAUGAAACACAAAACCAUGUACAGAGAGGAGAUUAUUUAAUGUCUUCAUUAAGGUUUGACUUUGUCUUCCUGGCUUCAUGAUAUCCCAUAAAUCCUCCUCACAGCAGCAUCAGUCAGACACGUUAUCACUCACACGUACACAUCAGACAGAGCAGCAGCAGAGGGGUCCAGAGAGGGCUUGUGAGAUUUUCUUAUUUUGAUACAAUAGCAUAUGUGUCUGCCUCAGAGUGAGAGGGGCUUGCGUGUGCAUUCACAGGAGAGACAAGCAGAGAGGGAGAGGGAAAGCGAAACGGAGGAGGUGAAGGGGAGGGAGUGUGGAUCAUGCAUGUGCAUUAAGUCAGCUCCAGCGUCAUACAGCAGCAGCAGGAGCAGCAGCAAACAGAAACAGCAGCAGCACAGGAGGGAAGGAGAGAAAGGCAGAAAGAGAGAGUUGGAGGGAGGGAAGUAGUCUCAGGCACGGGAACAAAAGCAGGAAAGAGCCGCUUUCCAUCUUCACCAAAAGAACAACGUCAGGGCUAUUCAACGAGGAAAAGGUGGUCAUGAUUGUAGAGAGACAAUACAGCAGAGAAGAGGCACAUUGUCGUCAGUAAGGACUGAAAUCAAGGCUCUGCUCUCCUCUGCUCUCCAUGUUUUUGGAGACUCGCCGUACCAUUGCCUUCGUCUACAAGCCCAGAGGAGGAUGUCUGUGUCAGGGAAGAAGGAGUUUGACGUGAAACAGAUCCUCAGGCUCCGCUGGCGCUGGUUUAGCCAUUCAAACCAAGGGUCUGCUGGCGGAGGAGGGGGUGGUGUUGGCUGUGUGGGAGGCUACAUCCAGCAGGAUGGCCUGGACCACAGAGGAACGCCGGUCCAGGGACGGCUGAAGAGCCACUCAAGGGAAAGAGGCGUUGGAGGACUUCGGAAGACUAACAGCCCGGUUCACAGCAUUCUGUCGCCGACGCCGGGGCCCACACCUGUGUAUGUCAGAGCAGGUCAUCAGUUAUGGCAUCAUCAGCCAAGCACAAUCCAAGGCCUUCAGGUGAACGAUCAGUCUUCAAAGAGCAUCUCCUCUCCUAGUGCCACAAGGAAAGAGGAGACAAACCCCAACCAGGAAGAUGUGAAAAACAGCUCAGAGGAACCUGCAGAGGUGGAGACCAGAGAGAGGCUGGUUUUGAGCACGUUCUCCAGAAUGAACACCAACUCCUCUGAUGAGUUUUUCCAGGCUGCAAAUCAUGCAGAGCAGACCUUUCGUAAGAUGGAGACAUACCUCCAGCACAAGCAGCUGUGCGACGUGCUCUUGAUAGCAGGGGAACACAAGAUACCGGCUCACAGAUUGGUCCUCAGCGCUGUUUCCGACUACUUUGCUGCUAUGUUCACCAGCGACGUGAGAGAGGCCAAGCAAGAGGAGAUAAAGAUGGAAGGAGUGGAUCCUGAGGCACUCAAAUCUCUCGUUCAAUUUGCCUACACUGGUGUCCUUGAGCUGAAAGAAGAGACCAUCGAGAGUUUAUUGGCAGCGGCCUGCCUCCUCCAGCUUCCACAAGUCAUCCAAGUCUGCUGUAGCUUCCUCAUGAAACAGCUCCAUCCCUCCAACUGCCUGGGAAUCCGGUCAUUCGCAGAUGCCCAGGGCUGUGUUGACCUGCUGAAUGUGGCCCAUAACUACACCAUGGAACACUUCCUGGAGGUCAUUCAGAACCAGGAGUUCCUGCUGCUCCCCACGGCUGAGAUUAUUAAGCUGCUUUCCAGUGAUGACAUCAACGUUCCAGACGAAGAAACUAUUUUUCAAGCUUUGAUGAUGUGGGUGAGGAAUGAUGUCCAACAUCGACAGCAGGACCUCGGGGUGCUUCUUGCUUUCAUCCGCCUGCCCCUUCUUCCUCCCCAGCUCCUUGCAGAUCUGGAGAACAACAAGAUGUUCUCUGAUGACCUGGAAUGUCAGAAGCUGCUAAUGGAGGCCAUGAAGUACCAUCUCCUGCCUGAGCGACGCCCCAUGUUCCAGAGUCCUAGAACAAAACCAAGGAAGUCUACCGUGGGUGCUCUGUAUGCUGUGGGGGGAAUGGAUGCUACCAAAGGCUCUACCACCAUAGAGAAGUAUGACUUGAGGACAAACACUUGGGUCCAGGUUGGGGUCAUGAAUGGACGGCGGCUGCAGUUUGGUGUGGCUGUGAUAGACAACAAGCUGUAUGUGGUUGGAGGGCGAGAUGGACUCAAAACAUCCAACAUGGUGGAAUGCUACAACCCUAUUACUAAAGUGUGGUCCACCAUGCCUCCAAUGUCAACACACAGACAUGGUCUCGGUAUUGCGGUUCUCGAGGGCCCCAUGUAUGCCGUAGGAGGGCACGAUGGGUGGAGCUACCUCAACACGGUGGAGCGCUGGGAUCCACAGGCCAGACAAUGGAAUUACGUGGCCAGCAUGUCGACUCCCCGGAGCACCAUGGGAGUCACAGCACUCAACGGAAAAUUGUUUGCAGUCGGUGGACGAGACGGCAGCUCAUGUUUAAGGUCGAUGGAGUGCUUCGAUCCGCACACCAACAAGUGGAGCAUGUGUGCACCGAUGGCCAAGAGGCGAGGAGGAGUGGGUGUUGCAACACACAACAAUUUCCUGUAUGCUGUUGGCGGACAUGAUGCUCCGGCUUCCAACCACUGUUCAAGGUUGUCCGAUUGUGUUGAGAGAUAUGAUCCAAAGACAGACACGUGGACCACCGUGUCGUCCCUCAGCGUUCCCCGAGAUGCAGUGGGUGUCUGCUUGCUGGGAGACCGACUCUAUGCAGUGGGCGGAUAUGACGGCCAGUCUUAUCUGAACACUGUCGAGUCCUACGAUGCUCAGAACAACGAGUGGACUGAGGAGGUCCCUCUCAACAUCGGAAGGGCAGGCGCCUGCGUGGUGGUGGUGAAAUUGCCUUGAGUGUUUCAUCCCACAACAGCAUGCCAGACAAACAGCGGAGCAGCGAGGAGGAGUGGACAAACAGAACAACAGAUCGAGGACACAUCCUUCGAGAAUCCUGUUUUCAUUCGCUUUCUAUAUCUGCUCUCCAUAGUUUUCUGAGGGAAAAGCAAACAGAGCCUUGCCCACGAACGACUGUUUCUAUCAUGCACGGCGAUGUCGGCCCACUGGAGGGGACGUGUGCUCAAACUGGAAUGCGUCGCACAUUCUCCACAUUCUCAACCGAUCAAGAAUUUUCACAGAUUUGGCAAAGUUGUAGCACUCCAGUGCCAAGGCUUUGCUGCACUGCUUUGUUACGGCACUUUUAUGGGAACUUUUUGAAUGUCCUCCACAUUAAUUAUUACAUUUUAAAUAAAAAAAAAGUAUCUUUGAGAUAUUUGAUAAUAAUAAACAAACUAUUCUUAUCAGAUCAUCACGUAUAGUAUUUUUAGGUUCAUAUGUCUCUUUUUUAUCCACUGUUAUGAACGAUUCCAGCUUGUUUCCAUAAGCCAUUGUCUAAACUUUUUCACGAUUAUCACUGUUGUAAAUGCAGCAGAAAGUGGCGGAUUUGUAGAAAAACAACAUAAAACCAUUCAUCUGCUUGACUUAGUUGCUUUUCAAUAGUGGCCUGAUACCAACCUGUAACAUAUGAAACUAAAUCAUGUUUUAAAGGGUCAGUUUAGGUCACCACAGAAAUAUUGCUCUAAAAUGUGAGGAAUUAUUAUAUUUCAAAAGGAAAAAACACAAGUUAAAAUUAAACACAAAGACCACAAAAUAUUCAGGCUUAUUCACUAAAAGGACAAAGGUUUUAUUUUACUUUUAACAAUCUUUUUGUUUCAGAUUCAGGCAAAAAUAAAAAUAUAUGACGUUACAGUAGUCUGCACACCAAAAAGAACAUUUCAGCUUUUUUGCUUAAACUGCUAUCUGCUGUGUUUGAAAGGCCUCUACAGAUGCGAGCAGGUAGAUGGGAGAGAUGGUGACAGGUCUGAGCAAUCAGUCAGUCAAACACAGCGCCGGUGAUAAGAAGCUUCCCUUCUUUUUUUUCACAGCGUUUGGAUAUCACCAAAUCUUAGAGAAAUGUCUCUCCUCAUGGAUGGAGCAAACAAAUAAACUGUAGGGCAUCAUUUCAGCCUUGGAGGGGGAUUAAAUAUGAUCACAUGCAAAAGGGGACAACAGGUCACUUUACCAAACAAAGGUUUGCAAAUUUGUAAAUCAAAGAGAAUAUAUCAUAUUGAUAUUUUACAUUUCUUUACAUAUUUUUGUUGACUCUGAAACUACAUUGGUGCAAGGAUAUGAUUAAAUGAUGAUCCUAUGAUUCUAGCUUUACUCUUUAAACGCCAGCUGAGUGAAUGUCUCAUCUCAUAUUUACAUAUUUUAAAUUUAAAAUGUUGUCUUGCUCUCACCACUAUGGACAUACAUCAAUGCCCGUCUGACAAUUAUUAAACUUGGUUUCCACGACUAUUUAUACAUUUGUAGUUGGAUGUUCUCUUCAAAAAAUCUGUAUCAACAGCUGUUCACUAAGAAAACAAUUUGUAAUUGUAAAUAUGACAUGUUUUAAGGCCAAAUGUUGCUUCUAAUGUUUUUAUGCUAAUUUUGUACAGCAUGCAAAACAGUAAAUAAAAUGACUUUAGUCUUUCCUGCAUGAUCAAA